AUGUUUGGUAUGAAAGACGCCAUAUACAAACUGAGAAGAUCUUUUUCACUUCCAGAACCUCCUGCAACGAAAUUAGACCCAAAUACUAAGAAUUUUGAUGAUUUCGAUGAUUUCUUGCCAUCAGUUAAUUUGACUGGUUACUCGGCUAAUACCAAGAAUAGAUUACUCACAACGGAUAUGUGUGAUGAGAUACGGACUCUGAUGCCAAUGAGAGUUCAAUUAUACAAUGAGUGGACUUUACUAUACAGUUUAGAACAGCAUGGGGCGUCAUUGCAUUCGUUAUAUGAUAAUAUAAAACCGAAAGAUGAUGAUCUGACAAGAAGAAUAGGCUACGUAAUAGUAAUAAAGGAUGCCAAAAAUGGAAUAUUCGGUGCCUACUGUAACGAGCCCUGGGAACCUAAUGAGCAUGUACGAUAUUAUGGGAACGGGGAAUGUUUUCUAUGGAAGAUGAAUAAAGUUCCAAAUCUAAAUUUGGACGAUAAAAACGAUCCUGAUAAUAAACAGCUGACACAGUGGCAAUUCCAAGGGUUCCCAUAUACUGGUGUCAAUGAAUUUGCAAUAUACUGCACAUCCAGAUUCUUGUCAAUGGGCGCUGGUGACGGUCAUUACGGUCUCUGGUGCGAUGACGGACUGCUACAUGGAGUAACAUACCCUUGCUCAACGUACGGGAACGAGACUCUGAGUCAAGAAGGUAACAAAUUCCAUAUAAUUGGACUCGAAGUCUGGAGAGUCGGUUAA